GCUUGACACGGCCCGCCCCGGCCGGCCAAUGGGCGCCGCGGCUGCGGCGCUGUUUGUCGCGAGUUUCCCGUUGCGGGCAGAGGCACAGAGUGGCGGCGGGGCGCGGGGUGCCGGGCGGCGGCGGCGGGCGCGCAGCGGGCGGGACGCCGGCCGGGGCAGCGGGCAGCGGGCAGCGGGCACCGGCGGCCGCAGCGGCGGGCGCGUUAGACCGCUGCCAUGAGUAGAGCCCGGGGCCUCGGCUGAGGAGCUUUGCCGUCUCUUAGUAAACACCCCGCACCAAAUGUCCCCUCGGAGCGCCCUGCCAGCUGUUACCUCCGCUCUUUCGGAAGCGUAACGAGGGAAAGAAAAGCAAGGGAAGUUUUGUAUUUAUAUUUUUUAGGCAUUUAAAAAAGAUUCUCCGCCCCUCCUGCCUCCCCCUCCCGCGCUGAGGGCUGUGAGACGGAGUGCAGUGGGGGAGGAAAGGCAGAGGGGCAGAGCCGAAACGGGCUGUCCGGAGCCUUGCCCCGCUGUGUACCUGAGGGUGCUGGAUGCGAGCUCUGCGGAGCUUCUCCAAGCGUAGCAGCAGCAGCUCGGCAGAUGUAGAUGUGUGCGUGUGUGUAUGCUUAACCCUUUCUUGGCUCUUCGGAUUUAUAACAUGCUGAAGAUCCUCACCAAAAAGCUCAGGAACCAGAGUUUGAAUGAAAUUCAGCCUUUCCAGCUAAAGAUCUCCUACCCCCCAAGUGAUGAGGACAGCGACGACUCUGAGGGAGAGAACCAGGAACUUGCUCAGAUUGACAGAGAGAGAAGACGGAAUUGUACCUUGACCCCUCUGGCCACCAACCAGCUUCAGAAUCAGGAGAAUCAAUGCUGCAAGGUUCGGGCUCUUUUCCAUGCGAGCCUGGAUCGCCACAGCUCAGAAGAGGAGCUAGAGCGUAUCAACCGAGAAUUCGCUGCUGAGAAACGAAAGUGGUCCCAGGUCAGCAGGCUUGCCUGCUGCAGUGACAACAACAACACAUCCUCCAGUGACGAAGAAGUGAAGAACUUGUGCGCCAUGUCCUUCCGGCCUGUAGCAGAACAGGCUGAUAGCCUACAUGCUAGCCCAAGCCCUGUGCUCUUCAGUGCCUCCCCUCCUAAGAGACUCCAGCCCCUGGUGCGGAACCCAGCCUCCAGACCUUUAAUCUUCACGAGCGUCGGGGCAGGCUUUGAGCAAGUCAUGCCUUGUAAAAGACAUCGACAAGGAUACGGGGAUAAGGUCAGCAGGCCCAGCCUGGACCUGGAAAAAAUGCAGCAGAAGAUGCUGCUCAAGAAGAAUUGUGGAGUGAAGACUAGAGUUAUUAAAAUUCGUAGCAUCAACGGAGGCCGCCCGCCACCCCACUUUGUGUAUGAUCCGUCCACCUUUGCCUUCCGUUCCCUCAGCACCUUGAAGCCGCUGAGCCCAAUAGCUCCAGUGGAAGAACCGUCAUGUGCCUACUGAAGGAGUUUCUCCAAAAACCUCAGGAACUGUCAACCAACUGCCUGCCUGGCAGGGAGAAGGGGAGGGAGUGAUGCCCAAGGGGAUGGGUGGGGGGAGAAGGGGACAGUGGCAUGUCUUUGCAAUACAACCUCUCUGGCAGCAGGAAACAGAUGGCUCUGCAGCAGUGCCUGGUUUCAUACCAUUGCCACAUCUGUGUGGUAGCAAAUGGGGAGAUUUGUCUUUCAGGGCAAAAUGAGCCAGUCAGGUUCACAAACCACACAGGUGGCCAUCAAGGCAGUGUCAAACGUGGAUGUGGUAGUUGAAGAUAUCCCUGAGAGGUUCAGUGGCUAUCAUGGCCUACAUGGCAGCAGUGAUGAGGAGUCAGGUUGUAAAAGCAAGUCCAGUUGGUUUCCCAGGAGCCUACAGUGGUUUGCUAUAGACCAAACCCUUCUUCUACUCAGAAACAGCCUCAGGAUUGGAGACAGGUGUUAGACAGGGCAGCCUGCAAAGCAAGGAAGGCUACUUUUUCAGAUUGUUAAAAUUCCGUUCACUUUAAGCUGUCUUGAGUGGAAGACUCUGGGAGAUGGAGGUGGAGGGGGUAACGGGCAAAUCUGUAGGUGCAUGUCCCAGUUGGUGUGCUGACAACUCACUGAUCUCAUCUAAAAGUGGAUUCAAAUGAGAGACUUGAGCAAAUGAAUGGUCUGUGUUCAGCCAUCCAAGGAAACACAGCACUCACCUUCAGUCCUCUCAUGGCACUGUCAGAGAGAAGGACUUGGGGGUGACUGUGUGCUCCUGGGUCUCAUCUCUGUUGAGGCUGUCUCUGUUCUAGGAUAUGUAAUGUUUAUCCGUAGCAUUAUCCCUAUACUCAGCUGCUCCUAAGUGAUGCUGAUUGUAGCUGGUAUCAGCAGACUCAACCAAAUCAAAUGUAUCUGGCAGGCCUUCUAAACCCCUGUUAUACUGGCUAUUAAAUUCAGAUUGACUCCCAGUGGAGCAUGUAUACCCAGAUACAGCAUGAAGUGGGAGAAUGGGGUCUCCAACUUGUAGCUGACUUGUAGCCAUCUGUUGGUAGAAGAAACAGGAGGAAGGUUUGGAUGAUGCUGUGGGCCACUUCCUUUCUGUAGACACAGUCCUAAGGCAGUUGGGACCAUGCUAGGCCUCAUUGCCACUGGAACUUGAUUGGGUUCUGGCCUUGAGACACAUGCAUGCUUUGUGCUACAAGGCAGCAGCAGCUAAUGAGAGAAGCUCUCAGCUCCCUUGGUGAGGCAUAGGAACAAGGCAUUUCCCCUUGCUGCACCUGACUGGUCCGUGUUGCCAGCCUCUGGUGAAGAGAGUAACCUCUUCUUCUAGGCAUUCCUCGCCUUGAGCCUGUAUCUGGCUGGGUGCAAGGGGGAGCAAGGAGUUUACUCCUUGUCUGGAUCAAGAGGAGCAACUGUGAGUAAUAGAAAUCAAUUUUAUUUUUAAAUAUUCUCCAGUGUGGAGGUCUUUGAUGCCACUAUUUGGAUGAGACAAAUAGUCAGUCCAGCUCCCCAUAGGAGGGCCACACAGUGAUCCAGCAUUGCAUCUGGUACUUUCUGGGCCCUUCGUUGCAUAGAGACCCUUGGGGAAAAGCCCAAAGGCCUUAUAGGCCUGGGAACCUGAAUUCCCCACCCCUGCCCUCCUCCCUCCCCACUGCCUCUCACUCAGGCAGGCAGAACAGCUGGGCAAGGCGGUGAGGGGAUGCAUGUCCCGAUGCUGCCCUGACUCUGCCUGCCCUUUUGCUGAAGACCUUCACAGCUGUGCUACCCCCUGCACCAGCACCACCUCCAAGGGGGCUGCUUUGGUUUGUUGGUGAGGUGCCUCUGGCAAAGCCUAUGUGAGUCCCUGCAGAAUUCACUUCCUCCAAAACAAGGCUGAUUCCUUUCUUGAUUCCUCCCACCCCUGUAGAGACUCUGCUUAUCUCAUUUUGAUGACACAUCUCAGCUUUUUAACUGCUGCCAGAUCAAACUGACCAUUGCAGGACAGGAACUGUUACCUCCUUGGACCAAACCUCUGUGCUCAAAAGAAGGGACAGCCGUAGUCUAGUUGGUACCCAUCUUGAGAGGUAUGUUUCACAUGCAGAUGGCUGGAGUGACAGCUCCCUGCCUCUUGCUGGUGCUCCCAGGCUUCACUCAGUGCUGCUGAAACGGGAGCUGCAGAGGUGCUUGGCCCAGGAGACAUGUUGCUACCAGCCUACAGGUGCUGCAGGCUGCCUUCUCCUGGAAGGGGCCCAGGAAGUGGGAGCAGGGAACAAAGAUGUCCUGCCAAUAUUGUUGCCUUCUAGUACUUUUGUAACUUUUCUCUGUCUUUUCUUUUUCAAUCAGAAGGAAAAAUAAAAAUAAUGAAAUAAAGUGUAACAGCUGCUAUAUUCA